AUGUCUGGCAGGAAGCUUAUGUCGCUUGAGGCGGCGCUCGAGGAGGAGCGAAAGGAGGUCGAGAACCUCAUCGCGAUGCAGCCAAGGAGACCUGCGUCGGUCGACCAUAGGUCUCCUUCUCCCUUUACGACUCCUCGAUCACCUAUGCGAAGCAUGCUGGACAUUGGCGAUAGGUCUACAAAUACGCCUCGGAGUCCUCCGCCCCAAGCUCCAGUCCGUAGUAUGCUAGACAUCGAUACUCGUCCUCUCCCGCAACCCCGAAGCAUGUUAGACAUAAGUAGCCCCUCUACAAACACACCAACGAGUACGCACACAUCCCCGACGCUAUCUUAUAAGUCCCCGGCUUCAGAUAAUACAAACCGCAAUAGAAGCAUGUCGGAUGCUGCCUCAAAUCCAGUCAUAGAUUUGGGCCCUAGGUCGCCACCUCCCAUGAGCCUGUCAAGCUCGAGGAACAAUGACCCGACGUCUGCCUACAAGUUUCACGAUAUCCUGCCUACCAAUGUCGGACAAGCUAUGCCAGCGAGGCGUGGUCCAGGCAGUUCCAUACGAUCGAGUUCCAUAGGCGAAGCACUUCGUGGACCUGACUUGUCCAACUUGGUACUCCCUGGCGAACACAGCCGCUUUUCUAGGAAGAAUAAUAAGUCUAAAUCGCCAAACAAUCGUUUCAAUCUACGGUCCAAUUCGCCAUUUGGAAAUCCCUCGGGGCGCAACCAACAGCAGGACGUCAUCACGCUAAAUGGACAGGUGAUGGAUAUGAACAAUGCUUACAGGAAACUCUCUGACGCCAAUUUGCUCUACGGCGGUUCGAGCUUAGCUUCAUUGGCCCGUAAGAAGCAAGAGGGCGAGGGACAUGGUAGAAUAGAGAAAGAUAACCUAAGCCCAUACGGGGAACUUUUACCGGACGAGAGCGACGACGAGUUCGCGAACUCUUCUGAUGAGGAAUUACAUAGGGGAAGAAAACUCACCACACGAGCCGAGUCACGAGAUCAAGAGUCUCCCGACGAGGGAACUGCGACAGCCAAAAGUCUACUAGCUGCGAUUGAAGAUGAACGAAAACAAGUUAAUGCCACUCAACCCCAGUAUAGGUCACUUUUCGACGAACCAGAAAUUACAGUUACGGGUCCUACUGGAGAGAAUAGAAGGCAAGGCAAGGGUGUGGUUCAGCCGUCAACGAGUUUUGACCAGGAUCCUAUGUCUGGGACGCAGACUCCUCUUGAUCCGGAUUUGGAUGCCGAUGUCGAUGCCAUUAGAGCUGCGCAAAGGCUACAAUUAUCAUCAACGCCGAUUAUUUCCACGCCCGAAGUCCACCGCACUCUGCGUAUUCUCUACCGUGGUGAAUUUAACAAAAUACAGCGAGAUGCAGAGGAAGAACACCGUCGUCUUCGUAAAUAUCUAGUAGCAACGGACUUGAGUGACGAAUCAACACACGCGUUAGAAUGGGCUGUUGGAACCGUGCUUCGCGACGGCGAUACGCUGAUAGCGAUGUACUGCAUGGACGAAGAAGCCAGCGGAUCAGUUGACGCAGGUAAUAUGGUACCUGACGAACCUAAGGCGAUGAAGGAACAGGCGAUGGCUAUUAGUGCUCUCUCUAAGGGGAUAUCAGCCAAGCCACAGAAUCGUACCGCUAGCCCCGGCCCGUUCAAGAUGCAAGGGUCCUCGAUGUCACCACAUAUCCGAGCUAUCGACGUUAGUAGUAGUAACAAUCCAUCUCCGGCGCCCAGUGUUCGCGGAAGGACCAGGUUACAGGAAGAGAGAGACCGGGCCGUGCUGGAAAUCGCCGAACGAGUAUCGAAACUUCUCCGAAAAACGCAAUUACAAGUGCGAGUAAUCGUGGAAGUGAUACAUUGCAAGAAUCCCAAGCACCUGAUAACAGAGGUGAUCGAUAUCUUGAAUCCGACGUUGGUUAUUUUGGGCAGCCGCGGCAGAAGCGCGUUAAAGGGCACGCUUUUAGGGUCCUUCUCGAACUAUCUAGUGACCAAGAGCUCCGUCCCAGUCAUGGUUGCGCGUAAAAGGUUACGAAAGAAGAGCAAGUAUCAACCGCCGCCGAUGAAGCAAGUCAAUAACCUUGCGAAUCCGUCGGCGCGAAGUCUUGAAACCGCAAGGGUCGACUAG